UUCACUGUUGUUGUUAUUCUUCUUCUUCUUCCUCUUCUCUUACCUCAUAGUGCUUCUACAGUUCUGCUUACUGUUCCUUCUAUGAGGUGGGUUGGUUUCAGAUUCUUGGCUAAAUUUGGCAAAGUUCCGCUUUUUUUAUUCUUCUAUACAAAACCCAUCCUUCCCUUCUUUUCCUUUGUCUUUUCUCUUCACAGUACAAACCUUCUCUCUCUCUCCAUUAUCACUGCAAGACUUGUUGAAGAUCUGCUAAAUUAAUCGAAAUUUUAUGUGAAGUUAUCAGGGAAAAUGACGAGGAAGAAAAUUCAGAUUAAGAAGAUUGACAACACGACGGCAAGGCAAGUGACUUUCUCAAAGAGGAGGAGGGGACUUUUUAAGAAAGCUUUUGAGCUCUCAACUCUCUGCGAUGCUGAUAUUGCUCUCAUAGUCUUUUCUGCAACUGGAAAGCUCUUUGAGUACGCCAGCUCAAGUAUGCAGCAGGUAAUUGAAAGACAUAAUCUACACUCAGAUAAUCUUGGAAAAAUGGACCAACCGUCUCUUGAGUUGCAGCUUGAGAACAGUACCUCCUACACCAUGUUGAGCAAGGAAAUUGAGGAGAAAACACGUGAACUGAGGAAAAUUAAGGGAGAAGAGCUCCAUGGAAUGGAUAUAGAAGAAUUACGGAAACUAGAGAAAGUGCUUGAAGUAGGCCUGAGCCGUGUUCUAGAAACAAAGGGUGAAAGAUUUCUGGAAGAGAUCACUGUCCUUCAGCGAAAGGAAGCCCAACUGAUGGCAGAAAACCAACGAUUUAAACAGAUGGAGAAUAUGUUUAGCACUCAAACACAUGUACUUGAACAAGGUCUGUCAUCUGAGUCAAUCAGCAAUAUUUGCAACUCAUCUGAUCCUCCUCAAGACAAUGACAGUUCAGACACUUCUCUCAAGUUGGGGCUACCUUUCCGUAAAUGAAUUUGAAGUAUAGUGAAGAUGAAGAAGCAUACAUGGAUUCCCUUUUCUCAAAUAUAAAAGAAAAAAAAAAAGCCAUGUCGAAGUAAAUAUAAAUCCUAGCUCAGAGUUGUAAUUAAGUUUCUGUAAGACCAAUUUAUUUCCAUCAGUUGAUUCAAAGAGAGUAUGUAUGUGGUAAAUUUUGGAUGCUAAAUCAUGUUUAUGGAUAAAUCAAAUUUGUUUCAAUGGAAAAUAAAGUAGAAGGUGAUGGGAAAGGUUGCUUGUA